AUUCUGAACCAUCAUUUCAACUCCUUCUUUCAUUCAUGCACUUCAUUCAUUUAUUUAACUUCACCUUCGACUCACUUCCCUUCUUUCUUCUCUCUCCCUCUCUCUCUUUCGUCUAAUAUACAUUAUAAUAUCGAAAAAAGUUUCUUUUAAGGAUCAACUCCACACACAUUGACCAUAUUAUAUAAAUCCAUCAAUUGAAGCUGCCAUGACUGGAUCGACUAUCGUCCACACAACAACACAUUAUGCCACAGACAGAACUCGUUGGCGUCUGCGGUUUAACCAAGGCAGACAGACCUGGCACUAUGUCAGCGAGGAAGAGAGUAAGGCCAAUCCUCAAACCGACAUUGAGAAGUAUUGGCUCGAUCUGAAGCUGGAUGCUCCUGAGCUUCCCAAAGCGACCACAGCACUCGAGUCUGCCAGAAAUGCCUUCGAGUUCUUUAAGCGUCUACAGAACGAAGAAGGAUUUUGGGCGGGUGAAUAUGGUGGUCCCAUGUUCCUGAUCCCUGGACUGGUUAUCGCCUACUAUAGCACCAGUACAAAGUUACCUGAUGGAUGGUCAGAAGAGAUUAUCCAAUAUCUGUUCAACAGAGCUGAUAAACAAGACGGAGGAUGGGGAUUGCAUAUUGAAGGACAUUCGACAGUAUUCGGAACUGCACUCAAUUAUAUUGUCCUGCGCCUGUUGGGUGUCGACGCCGAACACCCCGUAUGUGUUAAGGCCCGCGGAACCCUUCAUAAACUCGGUGGGGCAACAGGAUCACCUUCUUGGGGCAAGUUCUGGAUGGCCACAUUAGGUGUGUACGACUGGGAUGGCAUGAACCCUGUACCUCCUGAGCUGUGGCUGUUACCCCAUUUCUUACCUUUUCAUCCUGCUCGUUACUGGUGUCAUACCCGUAACGUCUACAUCCCCAUGAGUUACCUCUAUGGUCGUCGAGCCACUGCUCCCUUGACCGAUCUUACUCGUCAGUUGCGUCAAGAGUUGUAUACUCAACCCUAUGAAUCCAUUAAUUGGAGUCAACAACGCAACAACAUCUGUAAAGCGGAUGAAUAUUAUCCUCACACAAAAUUCUUGAAUUUCUUGAACAGCGGUCUCGCCAUAGUCGAGAUGUUCACCCCUCGUGUUGGCCUCCGCGCCCAAGCUUUGAAAGCUGCUUAUGCUCAGGUCAAAUAUGAGGAUGAAAACACUCAUUAUCUUGAUAUUGGUCCAGUCAACAAGUGCAUGAACAUGUUGGCGGCAUUUUAUGAAGAGGGCAAGGACUCUGAAGCCUUCAAGAAACAUGUAGACAACAACAUUGAUUUUAUGUGGAUGUCAGGCGGUGGGAUGAUGAUGAACGGAACAAAUGGCUCGCAGUUGUGGGACACUGCCUUGCUGAUUCAGGGUGUUAUGGAAUCUGGAUUGGCACAUGAGCCCCAGAAUCAUGAAGCCAUGAAGAAAGCCCUUUUGUUUUUGGACGACUGCCAGAUCAAGCGCAACCCUCCAUUCAUGAAGGAAGGCUGGCGUGAUCGCACCUUAGGUUCUUGGCCCUUCAGCAACAGGUUCCAGGGAUACACUGUCUCUGAUUGUACCGCCGAAGGUCUCAAGGCUGUCUUGCUUUUGCAAGGAAAGCUAGACUAUACCGAAGAACGCAUUCCUCUCGAGAGAUUGAAGCAAGCAGUCGAUAUUGUACUGGAUAUGCAAAACAAGAGUGGUGGAUUUGCUUCCUAUGAAUCUGUCCGUGGCCCUGCUUGGCUUGAGUGGAUCAACCCUGCAGAAGUCUUUGGCAACAUCAUGAUUGAGUACUGCUACCCAGAGUGUUCCACCGCCUGUGUCCUCGGUCUCACCUACUUCCGUGAACAGCAUCCGGAUUACCGCCGCGACGAAAUUGAUGCUACCAUUACACGCGCAGUCAAGUACAUCCACAGUGUCCAAAGGGAAGACGGUUCCUGGUACGGUUCCUGGGCUAUUUGCUUUACCUACGCUACAAUGUUUGCAUGUGAAUCUCUAAGCAGUGUGGGGCUUUCAUACGACAACAGUGAGGCUCUCCGCAAGGCCUGCCAAUUCCUGCUGUCAAAGCAACGUGAGGAUGGUGGCUGGGGAGAGUCCUACAAGUCAUGCGAACAACAUCGCUACGUCGAACAUGAGAAUUCUCAAGUGGUUCAGACCGCUUGGGCUCUCAUGGCCCUGAUGGCUGCCAAAUGCCCAGAUCACACCGCUAUUGAGCGUGGUAUCAAACUGAUCAUGGGUCGCCAACAAAAGGAUGGGCAGUGGAAACAAGAGGCCAUUGAGGGGAUCUUUAACCAUUCUUGCUCCAUCUCUUAUCCAAACUAUAAGCACAUCUUCACCAUUUGGGCUUUGGGUCGAUAUGCUAACAUGUAUGAGAGGAAGACAAAGCAAAACUAAAUAAUACAGUCGACAAAUAGUCUAUCUAUCAAUACCAAUAUCAAUUUCAAUAAUCACAAUUGCCGUGAAUGCUUUGUUUGUUUUGUUUACUUGUUCUUUGUUUCUGUCAAAUCUGUGAAGGCAAAAGUACAUUAUGAGUAAAAAAUAAAGGCGUGAGAAUAU